AUGUGGUGUAUCGACGAACUGGUAAAGCCCUCUAGUUAUCCGGACGGGUACUACUGGCUGGGAUCACUUCGAAACGGCCGUACUGGUCUGUUCAGACCGACCGAUACAGUAGCUCAUCUGGGAGCAGAAAAUCCAUCUACUGUGGAAGUGAUUUCCAGUGGAUGUGUAGCGAAAAGCAUCGAGAAAAAGGAGAAAGAAGACAAGAAGCCGACGAAGAAGAGAUUUUCGCUUAAGGAUAAGGAACGCGAGCGAGAAAAGAGGAAAGCGUUGAUCUCAGAACCGGUUGGAGAAGUUCGACAUACUUGUCACGUAGGCAUAGACGGCACUGCGUUCGGUCUCUUGCAGCUUGACAAGAAAGAACUGGUGGCGCCAUCAGUGUCUCCGUCGUCUGUGCGUACGAACGGAACGCCAGCUCAAGCCCACUUGGCACCUUCUUUGUCACAGGUAGGAAAUUCCCAGGUUGUUGUUUGA